AUGUACAUAUUGAAGAAGAAAUGCGAUGAAACACGCCCCCAAUGCUCUCGCUGCGCCGAGCGCGGGCAAGAAUGCGCCUACGAAGCGGUCAAGCCUCGACAACGCAAGAAGCGCGAUUCCAUCGCCGGCCUAGGCUCCGAUACAGCAUCCCAAACAAGCGGUAGUGCCAUCAUCCGCCGAUAUUCUGCGCCUGAUGUCACUCUCCGACGGUGGAAAGAGGAGGCCUUCGACGACGAUGAAGAGGGACUCGAGGAGGCUAUCAUCGAAGAGCCCGAAGAUACCGCCGACUCGCUCGGCCCCGCAUUUGACAUCAAGAAGAUGUUUGGCAUCCGCAACCCUGAUGUCAAGGUGGAUGCUCCGCUGAUCUCGCCCAUCGAUGCCGUUUCAUUCAACCUGUCCCUCGAGGACGCGGACGAGGAAGUGGUUCGAAGAGACUCUAUUCUAACGGACUCGGGGACGGCGCCGCCACACCUCGCCGUAACGCGGGCUCAGCGCCAUUCGGAUCUUUCCUUGGUUGCACCCGUCUCGGUGGCGUCGCCACGGCUUGAAUUCCUCUUUCCAACUUUUUCCGAGUUCUCGGACCGUCCCAAUCGUCGCGCGCUGGUCGACCAUUUCACCAACGUCAUGUCCCACUUGAUCGUACUCAGGGAGACCGAAGCUGGAAACCCAUUUCAGCAACUCGUGCUGCCACUCUGUCAUAGCAGCUCUACUGUAACGAAUGCGAUAUACGCGCUCGCAAGUGCCCAUCUGGAGAACAGAGGCUGCGGCUAUACAGAAGAGAAGGCGGUGUACUUCCAUAAUCAGGCGAUUCAAGGCUUGGCGCGGCUGAUUGAACUCGGAGGGGACGCGAAUAAAAAUGAGCUCCUGGCGACAAUCAUGUUGCUUGUUUACUACGAAGUUCUCGUGCAACAAGGCCGUUCCAACAUCGUGGAUGGCCAUCUCAAAGGUGCCAUCGCCAUCAUGAACGGUAACAAUGCUGAUCCUAAUCCUACCAGCGCUUUCCUCGAACGAGCUUUCCGUUUCUACGACGUUAUCGCCGCUCUCUCUUUCGGUACAGCGCCGCUGUCCACCGCGCCCGCUACAGGCUGCCUUGUUCCGUUUCCGCCCCUCGAUGCGCCUUCGACAUCGCCCCUCAGCUCCGUGGACACCCUCCUUGGAAUGUCCACCACACUGUGGCCCAUUAUUCAUCGCCUCUCUAAUCUCCUUGCUCUCAAAACCGAACUCCAGACUGCCAUUACCAAUGGCCAGCUUACAAAGGUGGCCGUCCUCCGCACCGAGUUCGAAACAACAUCCGAUGCGAUCGAGCACGCCCUCAAGCAAUGGCAACCUAGCUACCCACCCGGCUUCUCUCCUGAUUCCGUUGACGACAUCAUGUCAGAGGAGGAGCCUGAGCUGGCUGCUGAGCGUGCGCGCAUGCACUCGCUCUUGAACAACGCUCUCGCCUACCGUCACUCGGCGUUUGUCUACCUCUACCGUACCAUUUACGGAUACACUCGUCGACACCACCUCGUUCAGCAUCAUACCCAUGCGGCGUUGAGCCAUUGUGCCGCAACAGUCUCCCACGCUGGCCCCAUGGCAGCGCUCCUUUGGCCGCUGUUCGUGGCAGCUUGCGAGGCAGUGAAUCCCGCAGACCGGGAAAUCGCACGGCAAGCCUUUGUCGCAGUGGAGAGGCGGCAGGGCAUGACCAACAUCCAGCGUGCUUGGACCAUCGCCCAAGAGGUCUGGCGACGGGCGGAUAUGAUUGACGAUCAUGCGACGUAUGACGGAUAUGACGACCACAGCUCCAUGCUCUGCUCAACUCCCAGCAACAGGCUGGGAAAGGGAGGUGACUUGUGGAGGAGAGUCAGCGAAGACAUGGGCGUCACGAUUGUCUUUGGAUGA